CUCACUUCAUUCUCACCGUUUCAACUGCACCAUGCUUUCUCACCACACUCUCAACCCUCACGCUCCACCUUUUUAUCUCAAACCCAACCAACAACAACUCCAGCUACUGCAUUUUUCUCGCCCCAUCUGUUACUACGUUCCUCCCUCCACCUUCCCCCUUUACCCUCCCUUUCACGCGCCAUUCUCCAACCCCUCUCCUCAACGCGCCAAAACCGACACCGGUCGGAGUAAAGUGUGCGCUUCCGCCGGAAACUGGCGCUGCCACCGCAAGUUUUACAAAUGGCGGGUUAGGGGAAGGAAGAUUCGGGAAAACGGUACGGUCGUUAUGCCGUUUCCUGACACCGUUAAAGAAGCCGAGUCCUCUUCUAUAACCACCGUCAUGAUUCGCAAUGUCCCUAACCAAUUCAAGUUUGAUGACUUGCUACACAUACUGGACGAGCAUUGUUUGCGACAGAACAAGAGCGUUGACCCCGAGAAGUGGUCCAAGUUUGACUUCGUUUAUCUGCCGGUGGAUUAUAGGAAAUUUUCAAUGCAGAAAAGGGUCUCGAAUCUGGGAUAUGCCUUUGUUAACUUCACCUCUCCUGAAGCUGCGUUCAGAUUCUACCGCGAGUUCCACGGUGUCGAGUGGGAUGUUGACCAGAACAAAAAGAUAUGCCAAAUCAACGUGGCUCAGUAUCAGGGAAGGGAUACUCUGACGAGGAUUUUCCAGACAAAAGUAUUCCGGUGUGCGAGCCCAGAUUUAUUGCCUGUGCUGUUCUCAGAAGGCCGUAACGGAUGGAAUCGUCGAAUCGAGGGAACUUAUUUGGGCAAUCAUGUUUGUGGCCUGCCACGAAGAACCAAAUGAACCUGUGCUUUUGAUCAAAAAGUGUGAUCAAUCUUUUUACCUUUCCAAGGGAACUUAAUAGUUAACCUUUUUCUUUUUACCUUUUUUUUUUCCCUGUAGGCUUAGGCUGCGGAGUUUUUAGUUUCCUUUGUUUUCAUUCUCCCCCUGGAAAUG